UUGUAUUCUUGUGCCAGCAAGCACCCUCGUCUACACACCAUAAAAGGAGGAGAGUUUCCUGGUUUUUGUCUUCCUCUAGUUGCACAAAUCCCAUCUUUUCUGUCUCAAUUACCUCUCCUUUUUUUCCUCAACAAAAUUCAUCUUGCUGCAACAACAAACACUUGUUUGUAAAUUAAAUAAGGGAACAUAUUUUCUUCCCUUUUCUUUGGCUACCUUCAAUGUCAAACAUCACAAGUUGUGAUAGUGGGAGCUUCUCCACAGAGAAUACCAGAGAAGAUGCAGCAGUUAAACAGCAAUCUGAGAUACUUGGUCAGUUCCAUAGUCCACAUUCUCAUACCUCAACUACAACAACAACAAAUAAUAGCAAUGGUAAUUCCAACACAAAUUCACAACCACCUGCACCUGUUAAGAAGAAAAGAAGCCUACCAGGAAAUCCAGAUCCAAGUGCUGAAGUUAUAGCUCUAUCACCAACCACACUAAUGGCCACAAACAGGUUCAUAUGUGAAAUCUGCAACAAAGGGUUUCAAAGGGACCAAAACCUUCAGUUGCACCGACGGGGCCACAACUUGCCAUGGAAGCUCAAGCAGAGAACAAGCACAGAAGUUCGAAAGCGCGUUUAUGUGUGUCCAGAACCUUCGUGUGUCCACCACAACCCAGCAAGAGCACUCGGUGAUCUCACUGGCAUCAAAAAGCACUUCUGCAGAAAGCACGGCGAGAAGAAGUGGAAAUGUGAUAAGUGCUCAAAGAAAUAUGCUGUUCAGUCUGACUGGAAAGCCCACUCUAAAAUCUGUGGUACAAGGGAAUACAAAUGUGACUGUGGAACCAUCUUUUCCAGAAGAGACAGCUUCAUUACACACAGAGCCUUCUGUGACGCACUAACUGAGGAGAACAACAAAGGCAACGAAGGAGUACAAUUGCCAAAGAUAGGUCCAAACUUGCAAUGCCAACCAAUCCCAAACCUCGUAUCCUCAUUACCAAUCAACACCACUAUUCCCAACAACCUCAGUGGAACCUCAGAGUUCAACCAUUCGGAUCACAAGCACCCUCUAUCACUGCCACACGAACUCAUGCCACCAAAACCCUUCAACACCAACAACGUUGCCAUGUUCACUAGAACCCUCUCAUCAACCUCUUCUCCCUCUCUCCAACUAAGCUCAAACAUGUUCGAGGAAAACUUGGCUGCAGGCUCGCCACACAUGUCAGCCACUGCGCUGCUGCAAAAAGCUGCGCAAAUGGGAGCCACGGUGACAGAAAAAACCUUCGCCGCCACAAACAUGGCACCGCCGUCGUUCGGCGUGCUGCAACACCAACCAAAUAAUGGAUCGCAUUCACAACCCUUCAUGAACCACUACAUGCACGCUGGACAACACGAUGUUAACGUUUCUCCUCAGUAUAACAAUAGCUUCGGUGCAAGUGGUAGCGUUGGAAUGAACGGUGUGGACAUGUUUAAUGCUAUUUUGGAUCAAAGCAAGGCCUUGUCGAAGAUCAUAGAGCAGAACAAUAGAAGCAAUGGUGGAGGAGGACAAAAUGGUGGGUCGAGUAGUGGUGUUAACGUUGGUGGAAGUAAAGGGAAUGGGGAUGUGAUGACUCUGGACUUUUUGGGAAUAGGUGGCGGAGGUGGUGGUGGUGGUGGUGGUGGUGGUGGUGGUGGCGGUGGUGGUGGAGGUGCACAUGGAAAUUUCUAUGGUGGUGGCCAACAAGGGGAAAGUGGUAGUGUACCGGAUCAUGAGGUUUGGAGAAAUUGGUCUAGUAAGAACGCAGGGUUCGAAUCAUUUUCAGCAACGAGUAGCAUUUGAAAAGAGCACCCUCGUGAUGAAUAAUAGACAAGUUUUUAAGAGGGUGGAAUUUUCAGCUGAGUUUGGUCGUUAAGUUCUUGUUUUUCUUUGACUAAUCCCUCUUCAUUUCGGCCACAUAUAGUAUAGAAAUGGUGCAAGAAAACUACUGAACGUGUCUUUCUAAAGAGGAGGACGCAUUAAAACGUCGACAGUGGUCGGUGUAACAGUGUAGACCCACCGUUUGGUCCCAUAAAUUUCUGUUCAAAUUAAGGAUAAUGUCCAUUUCCGAAACACUUUUAUAAUUCAUUUUUCUUUCUCUAUGUCACAUUAGCUA